UUGUUUUCUACACUACGUAUUAUUGUUUUCUCUAGACCCUUUAAAAAGCUAGCUAUGGUGACCAAAAAAACUCAACAUAAUGAAAUGGAGGGUAGUGGUAAUUUUAGCCUUGUCUCUUUUGUGAAGUGCUUCAAUGGGUGCAGAGAUCAAGCUCAAGUCUCUAGUUUUGGGACAAGGAUUUGGAAUUUCAGUGAUAAAUCAAUUGAAUUGCAGAUAAGGGUUGGUUCAAUCUUGAAGAAAGUUCACACUUUGAAGCCAGGAUCAUCAAAGAGGCUAAAUUCCAAGAAAAUUUACAAGGCUUAUAUGCCUGGUAACUAUAAAGGUGGAACAAAGAGUUUGCUUUACUAUUAUGAUGAAUCUUGCCACCCUUAUAUUUGGAUUAAUGAUACAGGUUGUGAUUUCUCAAGAAUGGUGAAACAACAGUACAUAAGUCUUGAAGAUUUGAGGGAUUGUUCUGAGAUUAGAAUAUUUAGAGAUCAUCAAAGAGGUUGCAUUUCAGUUAGGAAGAAGCCAAGAACAGAGCUUUGUUAACUGAUUUCUUCUUCCCUUUUGCUUUGGACGUCAAUUUUAAUAAACAUGUGGCUGCUAUGAUUUUAACAGCUUGGGUGAGUUCUGACCAUUCCCAACCUUUAUGAAUGGACUAUGAAGGGAUCAGUCAAGAGGUUCGAGUUUUUAGCCGGUUCUCGUUCACCUUCUCUAUCUCCUUAUAGUCCAUUAGUGAGAAGGGCAUAUAUUCAUUACUGUCAAAAUGAAUGUAACCCAAAUCAACUUAUUUCAUAGUCUCCACGCGACAGCCAUGCGUCGCAUGGAGGGGAACAACAAAAAGCUCAGGUUCGCCUGACGCGAUUC